UGAGUUUAGCCUCAGCGUACUUGGUCUGCGGGAACGGCUUGCAAACUGACAGUAACAGGGAACUUACAGCUGUGAAGACAGAACGUUGUUAUCCACUGCUUUGCUGGUCGCAUUACAUUCGCAUCAAGUAUAGUUCUGAUGUUACCACAGCACUUUUCCUUUAGAGCGUUCAAGGCAUGGAAUCCCAGCUCAGCCGGACGCGCGCAACGGAGCAUUGUGGAGCGCAGGGCAACUAGCAUGCACAGGGUAAUCGCGCGCUCUGCGUCCACCUCCGCGGAGAGCACCACAACCCAGCCAUGCUGCUCAUCAGCUUCUCCGCAUGUACAUCAGGACUCUAGCCCGCUGAAGGGCAGGUUCGUUCUCCCAGCCGCGGAGUGGCAGCAGUUGCUGGCGUCCCACCCUGGCAAGAGCCCGGAGGAGGUAUUGUUCUCGCUCAUCACGCCCGCCUCAAAGCUCGCGCGGCCGCCCAUUUCGGGGUAUCACGUCGGGGCGGUGGCACUGGCCGGCUCAGGCAAUGUGUAUGUGGGAGUCAACAUCGAGUUCCCCGGCACGGCGCUCAACAACUCGAUCCACGGCGAGCAGUACCUGCUGGUGAACUGCUUGCACGCCGGGGAGAGCUCCAUUCGUGCCCUGGCGGUAUCGGCGGCGCCGUGUGGGCACUGCAGGCAGUUCUAUAGCGAGAUCAAGGACGCGGACGACUUGGAAUUCAUCUUCGGGAAGGACGCCAGGCCCAAGUUUUUGAACGACCUGCUGCCAGAGCGGUUCGGGCCGGCGGACCUGCAGGACGAGCCGUUUCCGCUGCUCCUGGAGCAGCAGAGCAACUCAGUGGCCUGGAGUCCGGAGGCGGAGGCGGCGAUGGCGGAGGCGGGACGGCGGGGGGACAGCGCGUUCGCACAGGCGGCUGGGGAGGCGCUGGCGGAAGCGCAAAAGUGCUACGCCCCCUACACGCGCUGCCACUCGGGCGCUGCGAUCAUCACCACCUCCGGCGGCGUGCACUCGGGCGGCUACAUCGAGAGCGCCGCCUACAACCCCUCGAUGUCGCCCUUCCACGCGGCGGUGGUGGCGGCGGUGACGGCGGGCGGGCUACCAGACGGCUAUGGGCAGAUCCGGGAGGUGGUGCUGGCGGAGCGCCCGGACGCCCCGGUGCAGCACGCCGCCAACAUCCGGCUGCUGCUGCAGGCGGUGGCGCCGGCGGCGCGGCUGACGGUGCUGCCCACGCGCAAGGCGUGAGAAGCAGGGGCACAUGGUCGUGCGGGGCGCAUGCGGGGCGGUAUCUGGAGCGGUAUCUGGAGAGGUAUGGGGCCUGCGUAAGAGGGACUGCCAGGGGUGUGGCUGGAGAGGUCUCGGGGCCUGUGUAGAUUAGGCAGGGGGGCCAAGGGACUGAGAGAGAGAAGCUGAGCGGUAGAUUAUGUGCGGUGGCUCGGGAGAGUGUGACGUUCAGUGUGCUGGCUUGCGAACUGGGAUGUUGAAUGGAGGGUGUGACCAGAGUGGGGCGUUGAGUGCGCCAGCUUGCGAACUGGGAUGAAGGCGCACUGCGUGCCAGUUUUGCGACCGUCAGGGACCGACGAGUUCACACUUUAAUCCUUACGAACA